CUUAGCUCAGCCUCUUUGUAAGAAUCAUCUUUCAGCCUCGGAGAGCUUGUAUUUUCACUUUCCAUUCUUUUUUUAUACAGUGACAACCAGGAGGGAGAGGGCAGAAAACUGGCAGACAAAGGGAGAGGGUUGGAAGGAGAAGAGGGUAAAAUUGCAGGAAGCAACACCUCAGAAGAGAGGAGUGAAUGUUUGAGCUUCACUGCAAUCAUCCAACUGGCGGCAGUACAGCAAGAAUGAUGGAUAUUGAAGAAUUUAAAGGAUAUGUUUAUGAUGGGAGUCUGGUAGAUGCUGUGUCUAAUGUCCUAGCAAAACCACUGGAGGCAUUUGCCAACACUCCCCUCCGCAUUGCAGUAGUAGGAGAGCUGGGCUCCGGGAAAUCCUCCUUCAUCAACGCCAUGCUGGGCCUUGAUGCAGAUGACCCGCGUGCUGCUGAAACUGGCAUACAUACCAUGACGGUAGAGGUCAAGACUUACCCAUAUCCGACACUUCCACAAGUCAUCCUAUGUGACCUCCCAGGAAAAGGAUCCUCAUCUUUCGGGGAAAACACUUUUGCUAAGAAGGUAGACUUAAAUUGCUUUGAUUUCUUCAUCAUAGUCGGCUCCCAGCGUUUCCGUUCCACUCACGCUGACCUGGUCCAUGAGAUCCAAGAAAUGGAAAAGAGGUUUUACUUUGUGCGUGCCAAAGCAGACCUUGACCUGAUGGCCACCAAGAGGCAACGGCCUUCUGCCUACAAUGAGGAGAAGAUCCUUUUGCGCAUCAAAGAAGACUGCAGAGAAUGCUUGAUAAAAGAAUGGGUGAGGGACCCACAAGUCUUCAUAGUAUCCAAUAUGGAACCCAGGUGCUUUGAUUUCCCCCUCCUGCAGGAAACACUGAAGGCUGAUCUCUUGAGGCUGAAGAGGCAAGCCUUUCUGCUCAGCCUGCCUAGCAUCUGCAUGCCCACCUUAGAGAAAAAAAAAGAAGCCAGGAAGAGGAAGAUUUGGCUCACAGCCAUUUGCUCUGGCUUAAUUGCUGCCAUCCCAGUUCCAGGCCUCUCAUUCAUGGCUGCCAUGUUCCUGUUUGUGAACUUCCGCACUCAGUGCUUCCUGGACUUUGGCUUGGAUGAUCGAUCCCUUGCAGCUCUUGCUCAGCUUGUUGGGAAGUCAGAGGCAGUCCUGAAAGCAGUGAUGAAGUCCCUUGUGCUAAAACCAGUAAUUUUAUGGAGGCUUCCAGACUUAGUGGGUGCCACAGUGAUGAUAGCAGAAUAUUCCUACGGAUGGAGUUUCCCCAUCUUUGGCUGCCUACUGUCCGGAGCAAUUUCACUGCCUUCUACCUACUUCAUGCUGCAGAAAUGUGUAUCGGAUGUUGCUGAUGACACUCAAAGGGUUCUGACCAAAGCUCUGAAAGCUGCAGAGAAGGAGCCUGUUUAGUUGCAGACACCAGAAACUCUACAUGAGGCUUUAUAGAUUGUGUAGUUCUGCAUUUGUGCGCUCUAAGCAUGGAUUUUGGUGACUGGGAAUGGAAUUCAAUAUCAUGAAAAUAUGAGCUAUUUUUAAAAGGCUAGCAUGUUUCUAGAUCGUACUGUAGAAAGAGAUGGAGUCAGACAAAAGGGCUGUCUGUAUUCCAAACAUGGGGGGCAGAUACUGAGGUUGAUGGUCAACCUCAUUUUAUGUAAUCUUUCAAAUGACAUAUAAGCCACUUUGGCAAUUCUAGCGGAAUCAAAGGGGAGUUUAUCACUCAUUUUUGUGUUGAUUGCUUCCAGCAACCUUGUUAAUCCAGAAAGUUUAACCCAGGAGUUUGGCACUUUAUUUUCCCCACGGUUAUAUCAAUACCCUAUAGAUUGUAUCAUAUUGCUGACCCUGAGCACAAAGAAAGCUAAUGUUUCUUUUAACAUGUCUAUAGAUUUCUACACGUAUCUGUUUGUAAAUGCAGAAAUGUAACCUGAAUGUAUCCCCCACUGAAGGGCCUCUCUUGUUUCAAUACUCCCCUUUUCCUAUCUGUACUUUGUUCUUUUGGCUCCUAGCGCUUAUCUCAAGGUUGCACAAACUAUGCAAGUGAAUGUCUGCAAAAGAAGCAAGAUGUUCCUAGCUUUGUUACUUUAAGCACCCCUCUUUACAUAUCUAAAAGUCACUUUGUCUACAGUUAUUUUUCUUGUAGUUUAUGACGUCUGCUCCCCAUUUUUGUAACCACUGGGGAAUCUAUAAAAUCUACUGUAUUUCAAUAAACGGGGUUCCCACUUCUGAAAGGCAACUUGCUGGCAGGUUUUGGGACCCCUUUGCAAAGGUAAUUUUGGCAACUUAUUUCCUGAUCUCUGGCAGUGGGUUAUUGCUCUCAACUCCGCAUCUUCCCGGGUGGAUGUGAGCUGAGUAGACAGUGACGGCUUGCAUGUUGGGUUUGGACCUAACAUUAGUCAAAAUUGCAUACAAAAAUGUAUUUAUUAGGAGAAAUUUAAACUAAAAUGCUGAAGAAUUUUCUCGAGAAUUGAAAAAAAAAUCACAAAUUGCUCCAGAAAUAUGGAGAACUGAAUUUAAGAUUAAAACAAUGAAAAAGAGAGAGAACGGAAACUGACAGAUCAUUCCCUCCCUAGUCACCCACACAUGUAGCUUGGCUGCUUACAAACUGAAUCUCUUCCCCAGGGCUAGGCAAUAGUUUGGUUAGACUAUCUAGCAAACAUUCCUGAGUAGUUGCAUCACUUCAAAGCUGAGCAGCUAACAGCGCAUUGGGAAGCAAGCAAAGCUAAGAGCAGCAGACAUAUCUUAUUGUUCACAGCCCAGACCUGGUUGAAGAAGAUGAAGAUGAUGAAGAAGAGGGAGUCCAUCCCCUCCUUGAGAAACUCUCCCAUUUAUAAGUUUUCCAUAUCUCCCAAUAUGGAAAAAGAAGGUACAGCUAAAGAGAAAGAGAAAUGCUUCUAAAAAUAAAGCAUGCCAAAAGCGUCUGCUUUUAAUCCUCAACAUG